AUGACGCCUGAGGACCAGGAGGAGAGGCAGCCGCUCCUGGGGCCGCCGGGCAGCAGCAUCCCCCGGGGCCGCGGAGUCUUCGUCGCGGCUUUUGCAGCUGCUCUGGGCCCGCUGAGCUUCGGCUUCGCGCUCGGCUACAGCUCCCCGGCCAUCCCGAGCCUGCGGCGCACCGCGCCCCCAGCCCUGCGCCUCGACGAUGCCUCCGCCUCCUGGUUCGGGGCCAUCGUGACCCUGGGUGCCGCGGCCGGGGGCCUGCUGGGCGGCUGGCUGGUGGACCGCGCUGGGCGCAAAUUUAGCCUCCUGUUCUGCACCGUGCCCUUCGUGGCCGGCUUUGAAGUCAUCACCUCGGCCCAGGACGUGUGGAUGCUACUCGGGGGCCGCUUCCUCACCGGUUUGGCCUGCGGCAUUGCCUCGCUAGUGGCCCCGGUCUAUAUCUCCGAAAUUGCCUACCCAGCAAUCCGGGGACUGCUCGGUUCCUGUGUGCAGCUGAUGGUCGUCACAGGCAUCCUUUUAGCCUACCUGGCAGGCUUGUUCCUGGAGUGGCGCUGGCUGGCGGUGCUGGGCUGUGUGCCCCCCACACUCAUGCUGCUUCUCAUGUGCUGCAUGCCCGAGACCCCCCGGUUCCUGCUGACUCAGCACAAGCACCAGGAAGCCAUGGCCGCCCUGCAGUUCCUGUGGGGCUCUGAGCAGGGUUGGCAAGAGCCACCUGCUGGGGAUGAACAGCAGGGCUUCCACCUGGCCCAGCUGAGGCAGCCCGGGGUCUACAAGCCCUUCCUCAUUGGCGUUUCCCUGAUGGCCUUCCAGCAGCUGUCAGGGAUCAACGCCGUCAUGUUUUAUGCUGAGACCAUCUUUGAGAAGGCCAAGUUCAAGGACAGCAACCUGGCCUCAGUCAUCGUGGGCGUCAUCCAGGUGCUGCUCACUGCUGUGGCCGCACUCAUCAUGGACAGAGCUGGACGGAGGCUGCUGCUAGUCUUAUCAGGUAUGAUCAUGGUGUUGAGUGCUAGCACCUUUGGUGCCUACUUCAAGUUGGCCCAGGGUGGCCCCAACAACUCCUCUCACAUGGACUUCUUCUCCAUGCCCAUCUCCUUGGAGCAUCUCGGUACCAGUGCAGGGCUGGCCUGGUUGGCUGUGGGAAGCAUGUGUAUUUUCAUCGCUGGCUUUGCCCUGGGCUGGGGGCCCAUCCCCUGGCUCCUUAUGUCAGAAAUCUUCCCUCUGCACGUUAAGGGUGUGGCCACUGGCGUCUGUGUCCUCACCAACUGGCUCAUGGCCUUCCUAGUGACCAAGGAAUUCAGCAGCCUCAUGGAGCUCCUCAGGCCCUAUGGUGCCUUCUGGCUCGCUUCUGCCUUCUGCUGCUUCAGCAUCCUCUUCACUGUGUUCUGUGUCCCCGAAACCAAAGGGAAGACUUUGGAACAAAUCACAGCCCAGUUUGAAGGGCGGUGA